GUGGCGGCGCAGCGUCUAUCCAAUCCCAUGCCCGCUUUCCCCAAAUCCUGGGGGUUUCUGCUGCAUCCGCGUCCGGUGAAGCUCGGUUCCGGGCGUUGUACCUUGGCAGUUGUUGCCCAUCCGUUUCCGUUAUCAACCUCCUCCUCCUUCCUCUUCCUCUCUUCCAUCUUCUUCUCAUCAUCCAUCUUUAUCACAACACCACACUCCUAUCAUCAUCACAAUGAGGAUCUCGGCUUCAACCGUGCUCCUCGGGGCUGCCUCGGCCGCAUCGGCAGCUUCGUUCCAGAACCAGGCCCAGCAUGUCCUUGCCGACAACGUCCACAAGGCCCAUGACGCCAUCAAGCCCGUCGCCGACUCGUUCGCGCACACCACUCUCGAGAGCUUUGAGGAGGCCUUCAACGGCAUGAACUCCCAGGCCAAGGCUCUUUGGGACGAGAUCAAGCUUCUUGUUCCCGAGAAUGCCUUCGAUAAGCCUACCUGGUUCAGCAAGCCCAAGGCUGCUAAGCGCCGUAAGGACUGGGACCACGUCGUCAAGGGCGCCGAUGUCCAAAAGCUGUGGGUGAAGGACGCCGACGGCGAAAAGCAUCGCGAGGUUGGCGGCCAGCUCGAUAACUUCAACCUGCGCGUCAAGUCGGUCGAUCCUUCCAAGCUCGGCGUCGACAAGGUCAAGCAGUACAGCGGUUACCUCGAUGACGAGGCCAACGAUAAGCACCUUUUCUACUGGUUCUUCGAGUCUCGCAACGAUCCCAAGAACGACCCCGUCGUUUUGUGGUUGAAUGGUGGCCCCGGCUGCUCUUCGCUCACUGGUCUCUUCCUUGAGCUCGGCCCUUCCUCCAUUGACAGGAAGCUCAAGGUUGUCAACAACGAGUACGCCUGGAACAACAACGCUAGCGUUAUCUUCCUUGACCAGCCCGUCAACGUCGGGUACUCGUACUCCGGCAACGCUGUCAGCAACACUGUCGCUGCCGGCAAGGAUGUCUACGCUCUCCUUACCCUCUUCUUCCACCAGUUCCCUGAGUAUGCCAAGCAGGACUUCCACAUUGCUGGCGAGUCUUAUGCUGGCCACUACAUCCCUGUCUUUGCUUCCGAGAUUCUCUCCCACAAGGAUCGCAACAUCAACCUCAAGUCCGUUCUCAUCGGUAACGGCUUGACUGAUCCUCUUACCCAGUAUGAGCACUACCGCCCCAUGGCCUGCGGUGAAGGUGGCUACCCCGCCGUUCUUAGCGAGAGCGAGUGCCGCAGCAUGGACAAUGCCCUCCCCAGAUGCCAGUCUCUUAUCCGUAACUGCUACGAGAGCGGCAGUGUCUGGUCGUGCGUUCCUGCCGCCAUCUACUGUAACAACCAGUUCAUCGGCCCCUACCAGCGCACUGGCCAGAACGUCUAUGACAUCCGUGGAAAGUGCGAGGAUGACAACAACCUCUGCUACAGCGCUCUUGGCUGGAUCAGCGACUACCUGAACCAGAAGGAUGUCAUGGAUGCUCUCGGU